UCUUCUUCUCUUACUUGUAAACACGUGCACGCAGCGGAGAGAGUGUUCGCUUGUCUACCGAGGGCAUUUAAGCAGCUAAACUACAUUUAUCUUGUCCUUAAAAUGGCAAAAAGCCUCCGGAGCAAAUGGAAGAGGAAGAUGCGUGCCGAGAGGAGGAAGACGAUAGCGCCAAAGGAGCUGGUCCGUCUGAAACACGCUCUGAGCAUGGGUAAGACGGGAAAGGCCGUCAUGGCUGACAUGGAGGAGAUCGCCACUGUGGUGACGGCCGACCAGAUCAAGGUGGAUGUGGCAAUGGCGGGCGACGAUGGGAAGAUGGACUUGGACAGCAAGCGCAACAAGAAAACUCUGUUGGAUGAAAAUGGUCAGUACCCCGUGUGGAUGAACCAACGGCAGGCCAAGAAAAUGAAGAGCAAACGGGUCGGAAAGAAAGGCAGCCAGGGCAAGAAGCUGAAGAAGGGAAUGGCCUGGUGAGCCAAAACCAGAAGACCUGUGCUUUGCCUUAAAGACUUUUGACGCAGAAAAAGCAAAUGAUUUCAUGUAUUCUUUUGUACGUGACACCUGUGGAAUUUCUGCUGUUGAAUCUCAUGUUCGGUGGAUUGCAAGAUUCCUACUUGUGCAUCAGAGUCUGUUGUCAAAUAUUUUGGUGCAGGAAAAUGUUUGUUCUUAUGGAACAACUGUUUCAUUUUCGUGUUCGGACCCGUUUUAGGAAACUAAGACUUGUGCAAAAUAUCCUUUUUAGCUCGUCUUACUACACCAUAGCAAGGCAGGUGAUUGUCAUAUAUUCUCUAUUGCAAUGUACGUUUUUAAUACUCUGAUAAAAAAUAACUUCCAGAUCUAUGGCUGGUUUUGUUUACUAUUGAUGUAUAAAGACGUAUUACUGGUG